AUGUCUUACGCUCGUGAUGGAAGAAAAAUGGGAUACACGCCUGUGCCAUUUCAGUAUUUCGGACAACAACAACAACCAACCCUCAUUUAUACACAAGUAAAUUUACCACAACCGUUACUAAUGAAUCACGGACCUCGCCCACAAAGAAAUGAUAAUCGUUGUUAUGAAUGUAGAAAGGUUGGGCAUUAUAAAAAAAAUUGUCCACGACUUAAAAAUCAGCACAGACGAAAUCAACACAAGCAAACCGUUGUUGUUAAUAUUGUAGCGCCUCCAAAAACUAAUAUGUUUUCUCGUUUUCUAAAAUGGGGUAAAUGA